CAAUACCCUUCUGUGGGCUCCGGCCAGCCUAUUUCAUCCCACGUAAACGAGCCGUUAGCCAGCUUCCGCAAGAAGACUUGAAAGAGAACGACAGUUUGGAUGAUCAAGAAAUGGACAAGAUAAUGGGUGGUGCGUGGACAUGGUAUUAUGAGCUCCCCUGGUACGCACAUAUCAUAUUUGAGAACAGAACACACGAAUAUACACUGUGUGGUGGCGCAAUUGUCAACGAUUACUGGAUCGUGACCACGCGGCAAUGUUUUAA